GCGGGGCCGGGCCUUGCGCAGGGGACGAGGGCCCUCUAGUGAGGGGCGGCUCCGGCCCCGGCCUGGCCCGUGCGGCACUCCGCUCCCCGCGGCGGCGCCGGUCCGGCGUUUGGGGCCUCGCCCAGGCGCUCCCCCCGCGGGCCCGACCUGGCCGCGCCUGCUCGGUGCGGCGCGGCCAUGGCGGGGCUGGAGACGCUGUACGCCUGGGCACGGGCCGCCGUCUCCCGCCCGCAGGACGCGCUGAUCUGCGGCGUCCACUGGGAGCUGGUCCGGUCCGGUUACCGCUGCCUCGGCGCCGGCGACCAGCCAGGUCCCAAUGAAAGGAAGUCAGAGCUGCUGCCCGCUGGCUGGGAAGCCAACAAGGAGGUGUAUACACUGCGCUACAAGUCCACGGACGAUGCCCAUGAGCUGCUGCUGAAGGCCAUCAUGGUGGAAGACAGUAUGAUCCUCAACGUCAUGGAUCGCAGUUCUCAGAAGGUAGCAGAUGUGACUUUGGCAGUGGCUGACUACAUCAACCCGGAGCACCUGGAUGAUUUCCACAAGGUGUACAAGAACACUGAGGAGCUAAGGACAAGGAUUACUUCGGGCAUCAUCGCUCCCCUUGGGGCCCCCGCAGAAAAGGCCAAAAAGGAUCCCAAGCCUGAGAAGGAUCCUGACUUGCCCCGGGAUUACGACCCCCUCAGGGUCCCUCCCCGGCAGCCGGCGGGCGCAAGAGCACCAUCCGUUCCUUUGAACCCCUUUGCUGUUGGUGGGGAAGACCUGGACCCUUUUGGAGGUCGGAGUGGGGGAAUGAUUGUGGAUCCUCUCCGGUCUGGCUUCCCACAGCCUGGCAUUGACCCAUCAUCAGGCAUUCCAGGCCGGCUUCCCCCGGGAGCAGUUCCACCAGGUGCCAGAUUUGACCCCUUUGGCCCAUUAGGAGCUGGUAGAUCUGGGCCAGAUCCUGACCACCUUCCCCCUCCAGGCUAUGAUGACAUGUUCAUGUGAGGAGUCACUGCAUGGCUUCUCAUGGCCGCGGCCAGAGCAGUCUCCUCAGAAGCAGGAGCACUUUCUCCUCUUCGCUCCCUGUUCAGUGGACUUCGGUCUUUUCAGCAGCAUUUUCCUUCUCCUCAUUUGGGGCUACGUUCCUGUGUGUCAGAGCAGCUAUAAAGGUUUCCCUGCGUGCAGGACAGAAGAGGAGGCAGUAGGUUCAUUUCUUUCUGUGCUCCUCUGAGGGUGCCUGGCCGUUUGCACCCAGCUGACGUAGUCCUGCCCCACGCAAGGUGGCAAUGUGGGGUGUGUCUUGGCGUUCUGAGAACAGCCUGGGUGCUGUGGGGUUUCCUCUGCUUCUCUGGGGUGGCACCACGUUUGCCGCUGGCAUUACUCAAGUGGUCAGUGCAGAGGAAGGAGCUGGCUUCUUGCCACUCCUGUGCUGGGGAGCUGCAGUAGCCUAACUGAAGGUGAACAGCCAGAGCGGAUUCCCCAUCCAGAGAUGGUUUCUCUCUUGCUCUUUACCCAAGCAAGGGGCUGAUCAGCGAGAAGGGGUAGAAGGCCUGACCCCUGCCUCCAUGGGCAGACCCCCAGCAGCAGCUGAGAUCAGCUUCUACAUGGCUGUGCCCACUGGCUUUAAAGAGCACCACCAGCAAAGCCUUUCACAUGCAUGAGAAGAGAUACAUAUUGAAUUCCUGGCCCCACCUUGCCCUAUCUCUCCCCUGCAGCAGUGCUGUUUUUCAUUCCCGGGGUGCACAUGGAGCCCUGCAGGCAGCAUGGCAAGGGCUGCCUGCCGGGCACCACGCAGGGCUGGGGCAGGAGGGAGGGUACUCGGUACCCACACGACCUGCCGUGUCCAGUGUUGGCUCUCCAGGCACGGCAGAGCUGAGCCCAGCAUGGAGCUGGGGCCUGUCUGGGGAUGCACAGAGGGGGCUCGCUUGGCUGUGGGAUUUGCUUUGCAGAAGAGGUUUAUAGGAACAUGCUUCCCUACUGUCAGUCCUGUUGCACAAGGCUGGCGUGGCUCGACGUGGCUGAACUCUGCCAAAUGGCUCGGGGAGGAUGGGUGAGAUCUAUGUGGCUCAGGCUCCUGAGCUCUUCUGCAAACCCCCUCCCUUACCUGCAGCUCCCCCCAGGUCAGUUAAUUUUGGGGCUGAGGCUCGUCUGUCCUUUCAGGGGUUCAUACUAUUUUUUUCUUCUCAUGGUUUGAUUUCUUGGAAGGAUGUUCGUGAAAUUGAAAUAAAAACCUGACAACA